UGCCGGCGCCUUCCUUAAACCGCCUGUAAAACCCGUAAAUCUUUGACAUUGACCGCGAGUCCCCCUUACUGCUGCUCGUGCAAUGUUACACCGUGUGUCAGCACCUUAAUAAUAAUAAUGAUAAUAAUAAUAAUAAUUAUUAUUAUUAUCAAUUCAUUCAUUGAACUUUAAAUCCUAUAGUUUUUCAUUUUAUUUUUGUUUAUCAUUAUCUUAAAAUAUUAAGCAUUGGAACUUAAGUAGCUUUGGAGCGAGUAUAUUUCUAUUUCUAUUAAGACAUGCAUAGACUAUUAAGGUUUAUUUAAAUAAAGUAUCAUUAUUAUUAUUAAAAUUAAUUAAUUCAUUAUUAUGGCAGUGUAUAACGCACGAAUGCCUAGGUUACUGCAGUGACCGGGCGUGAGAUCACGUGGCCAGUCACUGGAAUCUCUUAUUAUUAUCAUCAUCGCGUGCAAUGUUGUGUGCAAUGUUGCACCAUGUGUCCGUACCUUAAUAAUAAUCAUCAUCAUCAUCAACAUCAUCAUUAUCAUCAUUAUCAACAUCAUCAUCAUCAUCAACAUCAUCAUCGACGUUUCCCAAAAUCAGUGAUAUCAUGUUUUGAACCUUAUAGGAUAUUGUAGGGCUUUUAAUUCGAUUGACACAAAGUCGGUGAUAGUUAGAAAGGUAUCAUCGUAUCGAUAGUUGCUUUAAUUUUCUUUGAAAAGCACUUGAGAUCGUCAAAAUUCGACUGUUUGUUCCUCAUAAUUUUGUUUACGUUCCCUUUUAUAUUUCGGAACGGAAUGCAUUAUUGUGUACAGGAACAAGUGUUCCUGUUGAACRAGAGCAAUUAGGAACUCAAGCGUCGUUAACCAGAACAAAAGGUUCCCUUUUGUUGAAGACAGGAACGAAAAAGUUCCCAUUCAAUGUAUAAAAGGAACAAAUGGUCCUCAUAGUUGUUCCUUUGUACACGGAUCGUUCCUUUUCGCAUACAAAGAGAACAACUGUUCCCUUGUUGAAUUGUUCCUUUUUAAAUAAAGGAACACUUAGUUCCGUUCUAUGGCAAUUAAKUGGUCCUUUAUGAACCMAACAGGAACGUGCGUUCCUUAUUUUGUACACCAACCGUUCUCAAUUGCAAAGAUGACAGUCUUAGUACUGAUUGGGAAACAGGCAUUGUAAUGAACAAARCAGGAGUAUUUCGYGCAAGCCCCGGCAUGUAUAGACAAUACUGCGCAUGUCAGGGCAGGCCCCAAUCAAUACAAAACGAGUCGAAACAAGCCCAGGCAUGUACAGACAAUACUGUGCAUGUCUGGGCAAGUUCCAAACAAGGUUAAACAAGCCCGGGCAUGUGCAGAUAAUGCUGGGCAUGUCUGGGCAGGCUCAAUCAAUACCAAACGAGUUGAAACAAGCCCAGACAUGUACAAACAAUACUUUGCAUGUCUGGGCAGGUUCCAAACAACGUUAAACAUGUGAAGUGGUAUUGCGUAACGUCAGKCAAAAAGAAAAAAGACCAUUCGGGCAAGUUCAGGCAAGUUUAGGCAUUACAAUACAAGUAAAAAGGUGUGUUUGAAAUAUCAUCAUGCUUUCUCGUAGUAACCAAUGUGUUUUACAAUGUAUUUUCCAAUUCCGUUUGAUCCCUAGAGAUCAAUGGGAGUCAUAAAAGUAGUGAUUACAUUCAAAUUGAUAUCUCAAAUUCGGCGAAAGCAAUCAGUUAGAAAAAACAAUGAGUAAGCACAGUAGAGAAAUCGAUUGGUCGAAAGUCAACGGGGCAUCGCCGAAACCGAAAAGACUACAUCUAGAAGAAGGCGAAGAAGAUGGGCUAUUCCAUUGUCCAGUGCCAACGUGCAAUCAUGAUGCGUUUACCACUCAAAGAGGAUGCAGGAAACAUGUCAAAAAGAAUCAUCGUUGGUUUUAUUUCUUUGACGAGAAACCCGACUCUUCUGAAAUGACGUUCAAUUCUGGUGAUGAGGAAGUCAAUACGACUCAAGUGAUUCAAACACGCAAGAAAUCCAUGYCGUGCUUUGAUAUUUCAAGUACUCUUGGCAAAGAAUUUGAGACAUGGCUGAUUGGCAGCGGUGGGGGAUGCAAAACACACAGACAAGCUCAACAAAUUAUCCGAAAGAGUUUUAAGUAUAUGAAAUUUUGUUGUGAAGACGACGACGAAGAAGACUUAAGCUGGGACCUAGUCGAUUUCUGUUUGAGUUCACCCAGUUUCCUUUUCAAAUUUGCCGAUACUAUGCAGACUGAAUGGGGACUGGGUCAUGCAGGUCGCCUUGGUUACUUGGACGCUAUAUCAGACUUGCUGGAUUUCCGCAAGAUCCACGGUACAUCGUCCGAUGCAGUUUCGCGAAAUCUAUCGUGCACAGAAACCUAUUUGAAAAGGGCGCGCAAAACAGUGGCCAAAAUGAUGAGAUUACAAUGGACCAAUGAUCUAGACAUUGAAACACUCGAGGCGAAGGGCCAUUGGGCCACACUAGAUGAAUUGCUACAAGUGAUCACCUAUCACCUUCCGCGAUACGAGAGCGUGCUUAAAGUGUGUCGAGAAACACCGCGGAACAAAGUAACCCCUUCAGACCUGUCAUUUGCCACCAAGUUUGUGGCUGUGUAUUUGUUCAUCAAAGUCAAGGGUUCUCGUCCUAUGACGUAUCAGUACUUGACGGUAGAGAUGAUAGAAUCGGYCAAAACCAAUGGGGGUUUCAUUGAUCAGAAAAAGUUCAAGACUACAGCCAAGUAUGGAUUUGAUUCAUUGUACUUGACCGACACCAGUCUGCAAGUGUUGGAUGGAUACGUUCAUGUCAUACGACCUCAUCUAAAACCGGUCUGCGAAUACCUUCUCGUCACCAGAAACGGCAGUCAGCACAGUAAAAUCGGACAACUGAUGAGCAAACUAGUAUUCGAUGCCACUGGCAAGUACAUUCAUCCGACGCGAUACCGUCAAAUCGUCGAAACGGCCAGUCGGAAACACCUCGAAAGCAACGAACAAUGCACGAUUUCCGAAGAUCAAAAGCACAGCUCUGUUGUAGCUAGGGUACAUUAUCAAAAACGAAGAUCUCGCGAAGUUGCCACCAAGGCUCACGAAUAUCUGAAAAAGUUGCACGGAGAAAAAGGGACCGAGUUAACCAACGACGUUCGUUCGCGACUCUCAAACGAUUUCACGAGCAAUUCGCCCGGUCAAGAUCCUCCCGUUGUUGUCGAAAAACCCAACUCCAACGAGCCGACUGUCCGCGUCGGAAAUGUCGAAGUGAAAAACGACGUCGAGCCUGAACCUCCAAGAUCUACUGAUGACAAGCCAAAGAAAAGGAAACUGCUUCUCUUCACACCGAUCGAAGAUGAAUUCUUAAAAGCAGGGAUAAAACGAUAUGGCUAUGGACAAUGGUCGGCUAUUUUGAGGGAUCCUAGCUACAAGUUUCAAAAGGGACGAACAGCAAACUCGUUGUUAAAUCGCGCUUUGCGAAAAUUUAACUGAAAUAAAUAAACUUUAUUGA